AUGGGUAGCCCACGUCCACGCGAAUUACGACCUCCUCGACACCCUCGACCCGCCGCAGCGCAACCCCGCCUCGGCGCGCGACGCCUUUGCGACGAGGACCUCGAGGACUACGCGGAGGAGCGGAACACGCCUGCGCGGGCGGCCACGUCGAGGAUCUCGGCGUACUUGGCCGUGGGGGCUAUCAGUGCGCGGACGUGCGUGUCGACGGCGCAGGACCGGAAUACGACGCGGAAGCUUGAUCAGGGGCCGCUGAUUGAAUUCUCCAACGUCGAAUGGGUCUACAACAAGGACCACUUCGCCGCCUGGUGCGAGGGUCGCACCGGCUACCCCAUCGUGGACGCGGCCAUGCGCCAGCUCCACCACAUGGGCUGGAUGCACAACCGGUGCCGCAUGAUCGUCGCCUGCUUCCUGGCCAAGGACCUACUCCUGGACUGGCGCAUGGGCGAGCGCUACUUCAUGGAGCACCUCAUCGACGGCGACUUCGCCAGCAACAACGGCGGGUGGGGGUUCAGCGCCAGCGUCGGCGCCGACCCCCAGCCUUACUUCCGCAUCUUUAACCCCCUGCUGCAGAGCGAAAAAUUUGACCCGGACGGCGCGUAUAUCCGCGAGUGGGUUCCCGAGCUGGCGGACGUGCCGGCCGGCGAUCCCGCCGUCCACGAUCCUCACGACGGACCCACGAGAGCCACGUUCUGA